AUGGAGGAGCUGGCCGCCCCGCUGCGGGCCUACGCGGCGCCGCCCCGCGGCGAGGCGAGCCGCGGCGGGGCGCCCCGGCGGGAGCGGCCGCGCUGGCGGCCGCCGCGCACGCACCUGCAGGCGGAGCUGGUGCGCCGGCGGAAGGACCCCCAGCCCAGCGAGCGGAGCGGCUCCGCCGUCGCGGCAGCGCUGACCGCCCUGCAGGCCGGCGACGGCGGCGCGAAGGACAAGGGCCGGGAGUACUGGGACCAGUUCUACAGGCAGAGCACGGUGAAUUUCUUCAAGGACAGGCAUUAUCGUCUUCGGGAAGAGUUCGCGGAGCUCAUGCCCGAGGAGGUGGCAGCCAACCCGAAGGCGUGGGUGCCACAGCUGUCCGCCGACGAGCCCAGCGCAGGCCCUCCCCUCACCCCAGGCGAUCUCCCAGCCAGGCUUCGCGGCCGGCGGGUCAUCCUCGAGGUGGGCUGCGCCGUGGGGAACGGGGUACUGCCGCUCCUGCGUGCGUGCCCCGACCUCUUCGCCUUCGCCUGCGACCUGUCGCCGGUGGCGGUCGACCUGCUUCGGAGCAAGGAGGAGUACCAGUGCGGGCGCUGCCUGGCCUUCGUCAGCGACAUCACGGCUGGCGAUGACCAGCCCUCCCAGGACCACGAGCCCGUAGAGUCGGUCGUCCCGGAGGGCUCCCUGGACUUUGCAACGCUGCUCUUCUCGCGCCAUCGACCCGACGCGGCACAGGGCGGCCAUACGGCGCCUGCGCUCCCGCAUGCGCCCUGGCGGCAUGGUGCUGGUGCGGGACUACGGGCGCGGCGACCUCGCCCAGCUGCGGUUCUCCGCGGGCCACUGGCUCGGGGGCGACCUCUACGUCCGCGGAGACGGCACGCUCGCCCACUUCCAGACUCGAAGCCCUGGCCGCCGACUUCGAGGCGGAGGGCUUCGAGACGGUCCAGUGCGAGUACCGCCGGAAUGAGGUGGUGA